CCCACAUUAAAAAUGUGAAAACAUGAAUUUUCGUUGUUUCGCGGCCAAAACGAAGGCGCACAUCGUCGCCCCCUGGUGGCAGCCGAGGUUAGAGGACGUGACUGCUUUCGCAACAGCACCACAGAUACGUAACUGUAAUUUCCCCCAGUAGGAGUUUCUUCAUCGGGAAGGAGAAGUGAUUCAGCCAGAACCAGAACGACCAGGUGAGUCAGUUCCAGAAGAAAAGAUGGAAUGUUGUCAAGACUGUCUCAUAUGGACACAGCGACCGUGUGGCGCCGUGUCUUCAUCCACCUGAGUGGGGGGUCAUCAUGGACUAAUUAUGUCAGAAGGAACCCAUCUAUGGUUGAUCCGGCCUCGCCUCUGGCCAAAGCCCUGUCAACUUCAGCUUUUGUGUCCAAGAGUAGUCAAAUAACCGAUGAUCAAAAUCAUAAAGUCAAGUUAUCGUCGGGUCACACGGCGCCCUCUGCUGGCCAGGCUGUAGGUUCCAAAUGUCCUUUCCUGGCUGCAGAGAUUGUGCAGCAAAAAAACAAGGUUAUAAAAGAGGCCAGGAUGGAGCUACAAGAAGACGUCCAGGUGAUCCACUCUUACCACACAGAUCUUGUUGAAGUAGACAAGACCAACGCAGCAGCUGCUGGAAACAUUCUCAAACCCUUUUCUUCCAAACCAUCUCACAUGCUGAAGGAUAAUCUCCCAGCAGUCGAAACAUUUCACUAUGACGGGUUUUUUCAAAAGAAGAUUGAGAGCAAGAAAACGGAUCACACAUACAGGGUGUUUAAGACGGUCAACCGGCACGCCUCAUCGUUCCCGAUGGCGGACGACUACUCUGAAUCCCUUCAGGCCAAGAGGAACGUUUCCGUGUGGUGCAGCAACGACUACCUCGGAAUGAGCCGUCACCCCAAGGUCACACAGGCUAUCAUUGAAGCUGUGAAAAAGCAUGGUGGUGUUGCAGGAGGCACAAGGAACAUUUCAGGAACAAGCAGAUUCCAUGUAGAGAUUGAGCAAGAACUCGCUGACCUGCAUGAUAAGGACGCAGCACUGCUGUUUACUUCCUGCUUUGUUGCUAAUGACUCCACUCUAUUUACUCUGGGGAAAAUGUUACCAGGUUGUGAAAUCUACUCUGACGCUGGCAACCAUGCCUCAAUGAUUCAGGGCAUAAGAAACAGCGGGGUCAAAAAGUUUAUUUAUCGUCACAAUGACGUCAGCCACCUACAAGGACUGCUUGAGAAGUCAGACCCAUCCACUCCAAAGAUUGUUGCCUUCGAGACGGUGCACUCAAUGGAUGGUGCAGUGUGCCCACUUGAAGAGAUGUGUGAUAUCGCUCACAAGUUUGGUGCGAUCACCUUCGUGGAUGAAGUGCAUGCUGUUGGUCUUUAUGGACCCAGAGGAGGAGGGAUUGGGGACAGGGAUAAGGUCCUGAACAAAAUGGAUAUAAUCUCUGGUACUCUGGGAAAAGCAGUCGGCUGUGUGGGGGGCUACAUUGCCAGCACCAGCGCUGUGGUGGACACCGUGCGCUCCUACGCUGCAGGCUUCAUCUUUACCACCUCACUUCCCCCAAUGCUGUUGGCCGGGGCCAAAGAAUCCAUAAGGAUCCUAAAGAGUGAUGAGGGUCAGACGCUCAGGAGGAAACAUCAGAGAAACGUUAAACUGCUGCGGCAGUUGCUGAUGGACCGUGGGUUUCCAGUGAUCCCCUGUCCAAGCCACAUCCUCCCUGUCCAGGUUUCAGACGCAGCGAAGAACACUGAGAUCUGUGACAUCAUGUUGUCCCGUUACAACAUCUACGUCCAGGCGAUCAACUACCCUACUGUAGCUAAGGGCGAGGAGCUGCUGCGGAUCGCUCCAACACCUCACCACACACCUCAGAUGAUGUACUACUUUGUUGAUCGUCUGGUGAAGACGUGGAAGGAGGUGGGCUUGGAGUUGAAGCCGCACUCUUCAGCAGAGUGCAACUUCUGCCAGCAGCCUCUCCACUUUGAGCUCAUGGGUGAGGGAGAGAGAGCCUUCUUCAAAGGCCUCAGUCACAAAGUACCAGCAGUAACGGCCUGACCCGUUAAAUAAAUUCUGCCAAAAUUCA